AUGGGGCACCAUAGUCGACUCUGCUGGCAGCCGCUGUGCGGGCAGGCCCUGGCCAGACAGGCGCUUGCAGUGCGAGACAGUGCAAGCUGUGCACCCGUCGUGCGACAGGACACGGUCGCGCAGGACGCGGUCGCCAUACCAGACGCGCACGGUGCUCCCGCCGUCCCUUCGCGCAGACUCGGCAUGAACCAUCCGGACACAAAGCAUCUGAGCGCAGUCGUGUAUCGUCUGCACGGAGGCGUGCAAGCAGCCACAUCGUGCGUCCCUGUCGAGUGCUCGCGCCAGCCGCUGCUCACAGCGCUCUGCCCACAGUACCAGCUCAUGGUGGGCGGCGUCGUCCCGCGUCCGAUCGCGUUCAUCUCCGGCAUCUCUGCCGACGGCGUUGAGAACCUGACCCCCUUCAGCUGGUUCAACAUCGUCACCUCCGAUCCCGCAGUCAUCUCGCUCAGCCUGCUCCACCAUCAGCCCACGACAGACGCGUCCGCCCUCAAGGACAUCGCCGCGAGCAUCCUCGCCGCGCAGCUUCGCUGUCAAGCUCGUCUCCGAGCCCUUUCCACAGCACACCAACGCCUGCGCCGUCAAUGCGCCCCUGCACGGCAGCAAGUGGACGCUCAGCAGCCUUACCCGCACCCCCAGCUUCAGUCCCCCGCGCACGCGCCGAGCAGCAUGGGGAGCUCGCAGCGCGCGCUCAGCCCCGCAACACUUGUGUCAUCAAACUGCACCGGUCCCACAUCUUACAUCAUAGCAGCGGGGCGAUCUAGUGCACGACUGCCCCCGACCGCGCCUACGUGCAGCCAGCGCUGUGCGCGCAUCAUGGACUAUCCGCGCAUAGGCUGCGCCGUCAAAAUCAAGAUUCCGGCACACGUGCUGCGGCCGCGCUCGCUCUUCUCGUUCGACGGCAGCGCUGUGAAGGAAGCAGAUCCAGCGGUGAGGCGUCUGUACUCAUUAGCUGCCCGGCGCGUCUGCUUCUCCCGCGCGCUCGUAUCCCCUCUCGACGCACACGACGUCAGCAUUAUUAUCCGGUUCCGUACCAAUCACGGCCUCUCACCCUCGGUCAAGGCUCAACACGGCCCGGCCACGAUCGAGUGCGUCAUGGCGUGCGGGACGCAAACACCUACGCGUCGCACAUUGCGGUAA